UGAAGAAAAAAUUACCUCAGAUAUACACAAGUACCUCAGAUAUAAACAUUGGCAGUGACGUCAAGGGCAGGAAGAGAACCAUUGACAGUCCACCCAAGGGAGAGCUGAGAAGAAACGUCAACAGUCUACCCGCUAGGCAUAUGACAACUGCAACGACUUGUUGUGUGUUCGAGUAUGGGAAUGAAGUAACCAGGAACCAACCAGGAAGAAGGAGCCUGAUUGCCGCAAGCUAGGAAUUAAGAAUGAAGCUUAGAGAGUGAGGUAACUCAGGGUCUUUGGAAGAAGGGAGAUCCUGGUCGUGGAGGACCGCGUUACCCAGGAGGAAGGAUCACGGAGGAAGGAGCCGACAGAAAAUGAUUCGCAACAACUUGCUGUCCCUGGCCUUGCUGACGCUGCUGACCCUGAUGUCGGUUCUUUCCCAAGAAUGCACCAAGUAUAAAGUCAACAGCUGCCAAGAUUGCAUCCAGUCAGGGCCCGGCUGUGCCUGGUGUAAGAAACCGAAUUUUACCAAAAGAGGAGAGCCAGACUCAAUUCGCUGCGACACCAAAGAGCAGCUCAUCCUGAGAGGAUGUGAGGAAGGUAACAUCAUGAACCCGAACAGCGUUGCCAUUCCCGAGGAGAGAGAGAUGCUCAACAAUCAGAAGCAACUGACUCCGCAAAAAAUGAGGCUCCAGUUGCGACCAGGUCAGGCAGCUGCAUUCAAUGUCACAUUUAAAAGGGCCAAAGGUUAUCCAAUAGAUCUGUACUAUCUGAUGGACCUUUCCUACUCCAUGUCUGAUGAUCUGCAAAACGUGAAGCGGCUCGGAGCUGAUCUGCUGAAAGCCUUGAAGGAAAUCACCGAGUCGGGUCAGAUCGGGUUUGGCGCCUUUGUGGAUAAGACCGUGCUCCCCUUUGUCAAUACCCACCCGGAGAAACUGAAGAAUCCAUGUCCAAACAAGGAAAGCAAGUGCCAGCCUCCUUUUGCCUUUAAGCACGUCCUGAAACUCACCGGUAAUUCAGAGCAGUUUAAAAAUGAGGUCGAGAAAGAGUUCAUAUCCGGAAACCUGGAUGCCCCCGAGGGUGGACUCGAUGCGAUGAUGCAGGUUGCAGUGUGUGCGAAUGAAAUUGGCUGGCGCAACGUCACCCGUUUGCUGGUGUACACCACAGAUGACGGCUUCCACUUUGCCGGAGAUGGGAAACUCGGAGCCAUCCUGACCCCCAACGAUGGUCAGUGCCAUCUGGAGAACAACCUCUACAAAAGCAGCAAUGAAUUUGACUAUCCAUCGGUUGGCCAACUGGCACAGAAGCUGGCGGAAAAUAAUAUCCAGCCUAUUUUUGCUGUUACCAAAAAAAUGGUUAAAAUAUAUGAGAAGCUCACAGAAAUCAUUCCAAAAUCUGCUGUCGGGGAACUGUCAGAUGAUUCCAGCAAUGUGGUCCAACUCAUUAAAGAUGCAUACAACAGAUUAUCCUCUCGAGUCUUUCUGGAUCACAGCACCCUUCCAGACACACUGAAAGUCACCUAUGACUCCUUCUGCAAAAACAGCGAUAUGAAAAGGGAUCAACCUAAAGGAGAUUGUGACAAUGUCAAAAUCAAUGAAGAGAUUACAUUCCAAGUGAAGGUCGUAGCCACAGAGUGCGUCAAAAAUCAGUCUUUCGUCAUCCGACCGCUGGGCUUCACCGACACCUUGACGGUGAAAGUAGAGUCCCAGUGCACCUGUCCAUGUGAUGAAUCGAAAAGCGACAGGAAGCACUGCAACAACAAAGGCAACGUAGAGUGUGGGAUCUGCAGAUGUGAUCCAGGCUUUGUUGGAAAAAACUGCGAGUGUGAAACCAAGGGCAAGAGCAGCCAGGACCUGGAAGUGAGCUGCAAGAAGGACAACAACUCGGUCACCUGCUCGGGACUUGGAGACUGUGUCUGUGGGCAGUGCAUCUGCCACACCAGUGACACCCCCAACAAGCAGAUCUAUGGAACUUUUUGCGAGUGUGACAACGUCAACUGCGAACGUUAUGACAUGAAGGUCUGCGGGGGAGAAGAAAGAGGACGCUGUGACUGUGGACAAUGCAAAUGCAAUCCAGACUAUGAAGGGAGUGCUUGCCAUUGCAAGAAAUCGAUAGAAGGCUGUCUGAAUAGUAGAGGAAGCGAGUGCAGUGGCCGGGGCAAAUGCAUAUGUAAUAUCUGCAAUUGUAAUCCGGGUUAUAGGGCGCCAUUUUGCGAAGAAUGCCACGGAUGUCCUUCCCCUUGUGCCAAAUACAUCUCUUGUGCAGAAUGCCUGAAAUUUGAAAAAGGACCAUUUCAAAAGAACUGCUCCAAGGCGUGUUCCAAUAUCCAACUUUUAUCUGAAAAUAUUCAAAAAGGCAAGUCAUGCAGAGAAAAAGACUCAGAAAACUGCUGGUUGAACUAUACCAUGAAGCUAAUGGAUGGAGAAGUAUACCACAUUCAAGUAGACGAAAAACGAGAAUGCAUCGCGGGGCCAAACAUUGGUACUAUUGUGGGUGGCACGGUGGCCGGAGUGGUAUUGAUCGGCUUGUUGUUGCUUGCCAUCUGGAAAGCAGUGACCCACUUUAAUGACCUCCGGGAGUACAAAAGAUUUGAGAAGGAGAAGUUGAAGUCCCAGUGGAACACUGAUAAUCCCCUUUUCAAGAGCGCAACUACCACUGUUAUGAAUCCCAGGUUUACCGAGAAUUAAAUGAAACGGCGGGAUGAAGAACUGAGGAGAAAUAAGAUCAUCUUCUGCACCACCCAAAAUUCUGACCCUGACCCAUUAAUUUCACACUCCCUAAAAACAGACCAGGCCUGUUCUUAC